AUGCAUAUUAAAAAUGCAAAUAAUUUUAAUCUCAUUGCAUUUUUCAGAAUUCUCAAUCAUAAUCCUCUGACUACUGUUGAAGAUGCACAUCUUUUUAAAUUGCCAGCAUUAAAAUAUCUAAUNGACAUGGGAGCAACACAAGUGUCACUUACAACAAUUGAGAACACCAUCCUGAUGUCUCUUGAAUUGGAAAAACUGAUCUUACCUAGCCAUAUGGCCUGCUGCCUCUGCCAAUUUAAAAAUAAUAUUGAGGUUGUCUGCAAGACAGUCAAGCUGCAUUGUGACCGUACAUGUCUGACAAACACCACACAUUGUCUUGAAGAGGCAUCUCUAAAGAAUCCAGAAGGAAGAUUCAUGAAGAUAUUAAGAGCUCGGAAGCAGAACACAAGCACCGAGCUGAUGAUUGAGCCAGAGAAGGCAUUCUCAGACAAAACUGGCACAAACUGGGCAAAUAUGAAGAAGCAGCUAGACCUAAAUGAUAAAAGUGAAAUUACACAUGCACUAAAUUACCUAUUAUCUUAUCUAUCCAAGGGAAACCUAGAAGAUAUACAAUCAACAUUAUUACCAUUCAUUAAACUGAUUCUUUCAAAUAACAGCCUCGCAAAGCUUGAGAGUAUCGGGAAAAGGCUGCAGAGAGCGUACAGAGUCCUCAAGGGGAGAAGAGGCGUAAAGAACAGGCACUUCAAAGAAAUGAGGGAUCCGAGCAUCAGGAAGGAUCAGAGCAUCAUUGAAGGAUCAGAGCAUCAAGAGGGAUCAGAGCAUCGAGUGAGGGAUCAGAGCAUCAUUGAGAGUGUAGGUGAAAGGCGGCAGAGGAUGAACAGAAUCCUCAAGGGGCCAAGAGGCAAAAAGAAAAGGCACUUCCAACAAGUGAGAGAUCAGAGCAUCAUUGAGGGGUCAGGGCAUCAAGAGGGAUCAGAGCACCACAAGAAUUCUGCUGCAGAUUCUCCUGUGACUGCAUUAAAGUCAGUGCCAACUGCUAAACAAUCCAGUGAAACACAAUGGGAAUACCGCAGCCCAGAGACUGACUUACCCCUCAAGCACAAAGACUUCAGUCACCCAUCGCUUUCAUCCCCAGGCGAUCAAUUUGAAUUUCAGCUAAACCAGCACCUACAAUCCCUCAUGUCCAACAAUGACAUGAGAAGGCUCAUUUCUCAUGUUAUCCGGACUUUGAAAAUGGACUGCUCUGAGUCCCACGUACAAAUGGCUUGUACCAAGCUCAUCUCCAGAACAGGCCUCCCAAUGAAGCUUGUCAGUGAGCAGCAGGAAUCAAAGGCGUCCAAAGCAGAAUGGGAUCCGGACCAAUGGAAAACUGGUAACUAC